CCCCCGGAUCACAAAAUCAGCUCCGGUCGAAACCCUGCGCAAAAUAUCCCCCAAUUAUCGCCGACAUUCACGGAAAGGACGGAGAUAGCGGCUGUGACGACGCCGAAAUCCAUGCCGCUGCGGCGGGCAAAUUGGGACGCUCGUCGGCGAUGUCGCGUCCGGCGUUGCUCUACCUGGCUCUGCUCGUUGAGGAUGUGCGGGCCGCCGUCCUUGAAGGCAGACGUUCUGGCCAUGGUGAUGGGAGCUGCGUGUGCCGUCGCCCCUGAUGGCAGGCGCGGUGGUCGGGAAACGGUGGCUGCGUGUGAUACGGUGACGGCGGGUCGGGAGACGGCGUCUGCGCGUAAGACGGAGGCUGAGCGGCCUCUGUGUGCUGGAGUUAGCUCCCGCGGCGUGGAGAGGAGCUGCAGCCCGCACAUCGCAAAGGGAUGGAGGCCUCCUUCUCCCAUCCAGUUGCUGAUUUCAUGUGGGAUGUAUGACAUUUUAUAUUAUGAGACACUGGACAUUCCUUUGCCAGAACCGCAAGGUCUGAUAACAUUGAGAGUUGCUUUUCACCAAGUUACACACAAUGAGGUUGAGCUAUCUCAAAGUGAUGCUGAACUUAGCUAUUUCAGGUCAACAAUAACAAGAUAUGGAAGGUACUUGUUGUCUCUGUUGCACCAUGGAAGUUGUAAUUCCUCUAGACUAGAUUUUUACUAUUGAAAUCUUGGUUUGGAAACAGUAGAUUGUAUUAUCACGGAAGUCAACUUGUACCAUGAUGCAUGUCUUCAGUUUAGUAGGUUGCAAUGGCUGAAACAUGGUACACCUUUAUGGACGAAUGCAAUGGGACUGCUGAUGACAGUAUGUUGGCUGGAAUUAGGAAGGCAGUGCACAAUACCCCAUGAUGGGGCUACAAAUCCCACUUCUUUUGCAGUCCGUGUAAUAAAAAUGAAUUAAAUAUAAAUUGUAACCAUGGAUAUCCAUCUGUAAAAUAUGUGGUUUUGGCUAUC